UUCUCCCUCAACUAUCCCCUGCUGCGCAUGCGUGAAGCGGUCAGAGCGGCGCACAUGUGAGUGCUGAUCUCCGUCCAUCCUGCCCCCUGCAAUCCUGCUUUGCCAACCCAUACGCAGACAACUUCCAAGCUUUCGUUCAGGAAGACGAGUCUUGUCCAGAUCUGCCGUGACUGUCUCAGCUUUUCAUCCUAAACUAGCGAAGCUGCUGCACAAAAAUGGCCGUCCUGAGGUUCUACAGCAGCGAAGCUCUGAUUGGACGAGCCUUGCAGAGAGCAGCGAAGCUCUUCCCUCACCUGUCCAUCACGACCGAGCUGUGCUACAACGUGGAACUGACAGGCUGCGAGCAUCUGGAUGCGGAGCAGAAGGAGGUUCUCCUCUGGUUGUUUCGUCCUCCACUGCAGGCAGAGCCGCUGUCUGACCAACCAAGGCUCACAGAGGGAAGCGGGGACAAACUAGUGGAGAUCGGACCGAGGCUGAACUUCUCUACCGCCUGGUCAACAAACGCCGUGUCCAUCUGCCAGAGCGCCGGCCUCUCCAACGUCACGCGAGUGGAGCAGUCCCGCAGGUUUCUGAUCAAGGUCGAGAACGGACGGAGUGCGGGCGAUCUCGGCGCAGACAUAAAGGAGCUGAUCGGGUGUCUCCAUGACAGCAUGACAGAGUGCGUCUAUCAACAUCCCAUCACCUCCUUCGCCGUGGAAACUACGCCGCAGCCAGUGUUUGAGGUGGACAUCCUGGGGAAGGGCCGCGCCGCCUUGGAGACGGCGAACCGCGAGCUGGGUCUGGCCUUUGACUCCUGGGACCUGGACUACUACACAUCCAUGUUCCAGAGGAUCGACAGGAAUCCCACCAGCGUGGAGUGUUUUGACCUGGCUCAGUCCAACAGCGAGCACAGCCGCCACUGGUUCUUCCGCGGGCGGGUGGUGAUCGAUGGGCAGGAGCAGCAGGUGACCCUCUUUGGACUCAUCAUGGACACCCAGCGGCACAGCAACCAGAACAACGUCAUCAAGUUCUGCGACAACAGCAGUGGCAUCAGAGGCGGGGAGCUGCGGUGCAUUUACCCAGCAGACCCCUCGGAAGCGAGCCCGUACGAGACGCGUCGCUCGGUGCGACACGUUAUCUUCACCGCCGAGACGCACAACUUCCCAACCGGUGUUGCGCCGUUCAGCGGCGCCACCACGGGUACCGGAGGUCGCAUCAGAGACGUCCAGAGCGCCGGACGAGGGGGGCACGUCGUCGCUGGGACUGCGGGAUAUUGCUUCGGAAACCUGCACAUCCCAGGGUAUAGUCUCCCUUGGGAGCAGGAAGGUGAGGGCUGGGAGUAUCCAUCCAGCUUUGCCUCUCCACUGCAGGUUGCCAUCGAAGCCAGCGACGGAGCUUCAGACUACGGCAACAAGUUUGGAGAACCUGUCCUCUCAGGUUUUGCCCGUUCCUUUGGCAUGCGGUUGGCUAACGGAGAGCGGCGGGAAUGGAUCAAGCCCAUCAUGUUCAGCGGUGGUCUUGGAUCGAUCGAGGACGGCUACGUGAAGAAAGAAGAGGCAGAAGCUGGGAUGGAGGUGGUGAAGAUCGGCGGGCCGGUGUAUCGGAUCGGCGUGGGAGGAGGAGCGGCCUCUUCUGUUCAAGUGCAAGGAGACAACUGCAGCGAGAGGGACCUGGGAGCGGUCCAGAGGGGAGACGCCGAGAUGGAGCAGAAGAUGAACCGCGCUCUCAGGGCAUGCCUGGAAAGAAGCAACGGCAACCCCAUCUGCAGCAUCCACGAUCAGGGUGCAGGAGGAAAUGGUAAUGUUCUGAAGGAGCUCAGCGAGCCAGCGGGGGCUGUGAUCUACUGCAGUAAAUUCAAGAAAGGCGACCCCACGCUGAGUGUUUUGGAGCUGUGGGGGGCCGAGUAUCAGGAGAGCAAUGCUCUGCUGCUGCGCCCAUCAGACAAGUCGUACCUGGAGAGAGUUUGUCAGCGGGAAAAGUGUCCUGUUGACUUUGUGGGACGCAUCACAGGAGACGGAAAGAUCGUUCUGGUGAAUGACGAGGGAAGCGACGGCGAUCGGGCAGACGGAGUCCGCCAUCCUGUUGACCUGCAGCUGGAGUGGGUUCUGGGCAAAAUGCCGCAGAAAGAGUUUCAGAUGGAGCGCCGGGCCCCCACCCUUCUGCCCCUGAGUCUUCCUGCUGAGCUGACGGUCAGAGACGCUCUGCAGCGGGUUUUACGUUUGCCUGCUGUGGCGUCUAAACGCUACCUGACCAAUAAGGUGGAUCGCUCUGUGACUGGCCUGGUUGCCCAGCAACAGUGCGUCGGCCCCCUUCACACCCCUCUGGCUGACGUGGCGGUCGUGGCUCUGUCACCGUUCGGCCUGCAGGGGGCGGCCACGGCCAUCGGGGAGCAGCCGGUCAAAGGCCUGGUUUGUCCAGCAGCGGGGGCCCGGAUGGCUGUCGGAGAGGCUCUCACCAACCUGCUGUUUGCCAGAGUCACGGCUCUGAAGGAUGUGAAGUGCAGUGGGAACUGGAUGUGGGCCGCCAAGCUGCCCGGUGAGGGGGCGUGUCUGUGGGAGGCCUGCAAGGCUAUGUGUGAGGUCAUGGGUCAGCUGGGAGUGGCCAUCGAUGGGGGCAAGGACUCUCUGAGCAUGGCGGCCAGAGUGGGGACAGAGACGGUCAAAGCGCCAGGCGCUCUGGUUAUUUCUGCAUAUGCCGUUUGCCCCGACAUCACAGCCACAGUGACGCCGGAUCUCGAGGAUCCAGAUGGAAAAGGCGUGUUGUUGUGGGUCCCAGUCAGUCCAGGCCGCCACCGUCUCGGCGGCUCUGCCCUAGCUCAGUGCUACAGCCAGCUGGGGGACGUUUGUCCUGACCUGGACCGGCCUGAGUUCCUGAGCGCCUGCUUCACCACCACCCAGAAGCUCAUAGAGGAUGGUCUGCUCAGCGCAGGACAUGACAUCAGCGAUGGAGGCCUCAUUUCCUGCCUGCUGGAGAUGGCUUUUGCUGGGAACCGUGGGUUUGACGUUGAGCUCCCUUCAGACGGAUCCGGAGUGAUGGAGCUGCUUUUCAGCGAGGAGCUGGGUUUGGUUCUGGAGGUUUCUCAGACUGAUCUAGAAGCCGUUUGUCAGAGAUACAGGGAUGGAGGCCUGCGGUGCCGCCACAUCGGCAGAACCUGCGGCUUCGGACCCGAAGCUACGGUCAGGGUCCGGGUGGACGGACAGGAGGUUCUGUCCGAGUCGCUGCCCGACCUCAGGGCCGUUUGGGAGGCAACAAGCUUCCAACUGGAGCGCCUCCAAGCCGACGAGCAAUGCGUGAAGCAGGAGGAGGAAGGGCUUUCCAAGAGGACGCAACCUUACUUUAAGCUGACCUUUGACCCCUCCGAAAUUCCCAGCAUACGACAGCUCUCUGCAGGUUUGCCACGUGUCGCUGUGAUCAGAGAGGAGGGCAGCAACGGAGACAGAGAGAUGUCCGUGUCUCUGUUCAUGGUGGGCUUUGAGGUUUGGGAUGUCACCAUGCAGGACCUCUGCUCCGGAUCCUUAACCCUCAAACCUUUCAAGGCGGUCGUGUUCGUGGGAGGAUUCAGCUACGCAGACGUCCUGGGAUCAGCUAAAGGCUGGGCUGCCACUGUGGCCUACAACCCCAAGGCUAAAGCUGAAUUUGAGCGUUUCCAGCGGAGGGAAGACACCUUGAGUCUGGGAGUGUGCAAUGGCUGCCAGCUGCUCGCCCUGCUGGGCUGGGUGGGAGGGGGAGAGGAAGGAGCAGACUCUGAAGUGGUGCUGACUCACAAUCGGUCCGGGCGGUUUGAGUCGCGUUUUGUCAGCGUUGGGAUCCAGAAGUCUCCAUCCAUCUGGCUGAGAGGCAUGGAGGGCUCUGCAUUAGGAGUCUGGGUCGCUCAUGGAGAAGGUCUAAUGCGAUUCCGCAGCCCACACGCCCAAGACCUGAUCACCUCUUCUGGUCUCGCCCCUGUCCGUUACCUUGACGACCAGGGCUCCCCCACAGAGGAGUACCCUCUGAACCCUAACGGCUCCCCUCAGGGUAUUGCAGGCCUGUGCUCCAAGGACGGAAGGCACCUGGCCAUGAUGCCCCACCCGGAGCGGUGCACCCUCGGCUGGCAGUGGCCCUGGGCCCCCAGGGACCUCAGGCCUGCGCUCUCACCCUCGCCCUGGCUGCGCAUGUUCAGGAACGCAGCCGCCUGGUGCAGCAAGUCAGAUUAAUGCGUUUCUAGUGCCGGUCAAGUAUUACGGGAUUCAUCUUUUCACUUUCUGUUACACUUCUCUGUUUUUAUUGCACAGUUUUUGAUGUGAGAACUCAAAUGUUUACAUGUUGAACCACCUUACACUAAUAAUGUUUGCUGAAAUUAUCAGCUACAUCCUUGAAACAUUUAAAAUUAAUCUU